GGCCCGAUUUCCCUCUUUGAUUUCUACCAUCACCAUCUCGCCCACACUUUCUUUUCACCACAAAAAUGGCUUCUACAACGGUCUCGAGGAAAAGAAAAAGAGCAGACUAUCCAGAAAGAGAUAUUCUAGGAUUCAAGGUCGCAGAAUCUUCAAAACCUAGCGCACUCGGUCCAGUUCUUGUUAGCUUCCCAGCAGUCAAGGCCCCAGAAUCUACUACGUUCAAAUGCUACGCAGAAGAUGGAAAGGCCGAUUCCCCGAAGAUAAUAGUAGGAGAAACCCCAGAAGUGGAGUUCGAAUCGAAUACCGGGGAGAGUAAACAAGUUGCCUCAAGUGGUUGCCACUACCUGCUUGCCGUGCAUGAUCCUCGAACUUCAUCUUUACGAAUUAUUCCAACAGCAAAGACACCCCACAUUCUCGGACGAAGAGUUAAAAAGCUCAAAUCCCUACCCACUGGAGCUGUGCCACAGCCGUUACAGUAUCGUGAAGCAAGGACCACACUUGGAGAAACGUUUGGCACCAAAAAAGCCAAAGCAGCGAUUCGCGCAGAAGAGCGAAAUCGCGUGGACGUCGCCGCUAUGCAGGGCGUGAUGCAGCACGUUAUGGACGGUAUCCAUAAAGGUGCCGAGGGCUUGUUGACUGCGGAGGAAGUUAAAGAAGUUGAAGACGCCAAUCGACUCAUCCCGCAGUUCGAUGACACAACCGCCGACCCAGCAGAAGUUUACCCCCUCCACAGCAUUGUUCCCGAAUCAGAGUGGCGAGUGAUCGAUACCUCCAACUUGGAGGCCGUAAGUGCCAAGGACAAAAAUAUGUUGCUGCCUUCAGCACAUCCGGUAUGGAUACAAAACCACGUCAAGGCGCUGGACGGAUUGAAUGCAAAGUCAACUAAGAAGAGAUGGAAGAUGGUGUACUACGUCUCGGCCUUAUUUACUUUGCGCAGGAUUGUGGGCAAGAAUCGUAUGGAUAAGCAGGCUAUCCACCAGAAAAUGAAAGGUGUGCCUACACUGAUCGUGGAUGGUAUUAUUUCAAGGUUUACUGAAACCUCGCGGGAUUCCGAUAGCCAUUCGCUGACAUCCGGGAUGGAAACAAAGCUUCUCUCAUAUAUGCUCGCUCUUUGUCUACAUGCCGACGAUUUCAUGUUAAAUCCAGAGUUGAUUGCGAGGGACCUUAGUCUUCCUACCCCAAGGGUUCAAGGGCUUUUGAAGAAUCUUGGCUGUAAAAUCAAGAAGCCAACAGAUCGCGAGCUCGCGAAUGCUGGUCUUGGACGAUCCAUGAAGGAUGUUAAAAUGGCGCUUCUGACAGCACCUGUGGAGUUCCCAAAGGUCGCUCCAAAGAAACAGCGACGAUAGAAUUUGGUUCAACCUCUGUUGCAUAUACUUUUUGGAGUCAUUCUACUUGAGUUUCGGGGUUGUAGUGGCAUCCAACACACUUUCGGAUCCAUGUAGAGCUAGUUAACAGCGACAUACCAAUAUCUGUUUAUGACACGCUGUAUCCGAAAGUUUUACCGUCUACCGUCUUGCACUCCCUUG